CAGCCCAGCGCCUGCAGUGCGUUGCAGUCCUCUCAACUAUACAGCACACACAGAGAAACGAAGACAGACGAGACGGAAAACAGCGGAGUCAUGCUGUUCCUAACUCUACUUUUUGUGGCUUCAGCUGCUGCCACCCCCCUGCUAGGCACUGAGCAGUGUGCCCGCGGCACCUCCUACUGGUGUCAGAAUGUAAAGACUGCCUCUCUGUGCGGAGCUGUGGCUCACUGCCAGCAGAAUGUGUGGAACAAGCCCCAGAUGAAAUCAGUGCCAUGUGACCUGUGCAAAGAGGUGUUGAUGGUGGUGGAGCAGAUACUGAAGGACAAUGCCACUGAGUCUGAGGUUCUUGGGUACCUGGAGAAGGCCUGCCAGCUCAUCCCUGAUCAAGGUUUGACCGCAGAGUGCAAGGAGAUGGUGGAUAGCUACUACCCCAUCCUCAUGGGAAUCAUUAAAGGAGAACUGGAGGACCCCAGUGUUGCGUGUGGAGCCAUUGGGCUGUGCCAGUCUCAGCAGCUAGCCCUCGCUAAGGUCCAUUCCAAGGAACAGCUGGUGUCCAAUGAGAUCCCUCUGGUGGACCUGGCUCAGAAAGUGUCUCCAUUCCUGCUCAAUAUCCCCGGGCUCCUCUAUCCUCAGGAGAACCUCAAGAAGGAGGCCCCCAAAAAAGAGACCCCAAAGCUGGAAAGUGAUGCUGUGUGCCAGGACUGUGUCAAGUUCAUGACUGACGCUCAAGCAGAAGCCAAGAACAGCUCCACAUUUGUCGACUCUCUGAUCGAGAAUCUUGAGAACCAGUGUGACCUGCUGGGACCCGGCGUUUCUGACAUGUGCAAGCAGUAUGUGAGCCAGUAUGCCGCGUCUGUUAUUCAGGCGAUCAUGUCAAUGGAACAGCAACCUAAGGAUCUCUGCGCCCACGCUGGCUUCUGCACCGCCAUGAAGAAGUCCAUUCCCAUGAUGAACCUGCAGGCUGCAAAGAUGGUUCCUGCUAUGGAGACUGUCCCUGCUGCCAAGACUGUCCCUGCUGUCAAGAUUGUCCAUGCUGUCAGGCUUUUCCCUGCCACCAAGGUCGAGUCUAAGCCUGCCAUGGUGCGUGUCCGUGACUCCCCAGGGUGUACCAUCUGUGAGAUGGUGAUGAAACAGUUGGAGGCUCUGCUGGAGGAUCAGAAAACAGAGGAGGAGGUGAUUGCUGCUGUGGAGAAGGUGUGCACGUAUCUGCCCGGCUCCCUGUCGGCCCAGUGUAAGGACCUGGUGGAGACCUACGGCCAGGCCAUCAUCGAGCUGCUGGUGCAGCAGGCCGACCCCAAGACUGUCUGCACCGUGCUGGCCCUCUGCAAUGAUGCCAGCCGGGCUUUUGUCCCUGUCCUCAACCUGGCCCACUAUAAGGCUGGCGGAUACUGCCAGGUCUGCAAGCUGGCCGUCGGUUACAUCGAUGGUAUUUUGGAGAAGAACGCGACGGAGGCACAGAUUGAGGAGGCAGUGAAGAAAGUGUGCAGCUUCCUGCCCGACUCCUUCCAGACCGAGUGUGACCAGAUGAUCCAACAGUACGAACCAAUGCUCAUCCAGCUGCUCCUCCAGAUGCUCGACCCCGACUUUGUGUGCAUGAAAAUGGGAGCCUGUCCUGAAGCAGUGCGCAGGCUGCUGGGAACAGAGCAGUGCAGCUGGGGUCCUGCUUUCUGGUGCAAGAACAUGGAGACAGCAACUCGGUGCAAUGCUGUGAAUCACUGCAAACGCCAUGUGUGGGUAUAAAGGAAGAAGAAGAAGCACAAACUGACCAGUAGGGAAUCAAAUGAAAAUAUACUGUAGUGCUGCUUCCUGAUUUUUAAUUUGUCUCUCCUAUUUUUUUUUUUUUUAAUAAAUGCAGUUUAUGUAUAAAUUAACUUUGAUAUUUCGAAUGACGCCAUGGUGUAAAGGGACUGGAUAUUUUAUUUUGUUUUCUGGGGGCUGGAGCGAGGAGGGGGGGGGUCAGCCUGUUACUACUUCACUGAGACCCGAGUCAAAGGUUCCUUGUCAGUACUUACCUGGUUUCCUGCUGGGUGUGAUGUGUGUAAGACCCACCCACCAUCUGUAUUGGUUCUUUCCCCCUGGAGAAACUGAGUGCGCUCAGGAGAGACCGCGCAGUGUGUUGCCUAGCGAUACUUUUAGCAGUAUGUCUGGUCCUUAGACACAUUUAUAUUUUGUAGACAGAAUGUGUGUUCUUGUGUUAAGGAUCUGAUAUGGAGGUCAUUAAUCUGAAUGCGUACUACCUCUCCCUCGGCUCAUUGUUUGCACUCUUCCAGCUGUUUGUAAAUCACUGUUUCUAAAUGCAGAGAGCAUCUCUAAUUCAUUUGUUGUCUGCCUCAAACCCUGAGACCACCGUCUCUUGAUCUGUACAUUUUAACAAUUAAAGUGACACCAAUCCA